CCCCCUCUCUACCACGAGACCUGUUUAAGCAGAAGGGCCGGCGGCAAAGCUUCCCUCUACUGCAUUUUCGGAAGGCAGGCAAAAGUGGAGGUGGGUGGGUGUUGUUAUGACCGCUGCGCUGUACUAUGACAGCUGCCUGCUUAAGCAAGCAGGAGUCGAUUCAGCUGACGAUCAGCAAGCAAGAGGCCAUUGAGCAAGCAGGAGGCCAUCACCAAGCAGGCAGGAGACGACACUUAACCUGUCAGGAGGCGGGAUGGGAAACAACUGAAGUCGGAAGCGGAGGCGAUACCACAAGGUGCGAGGCUGGGACUUUCAGCCAAAGAGGAGGCGAGGUAAGAUGGCCAGGAGAAUGUGCCGCCUACUACGAGAGCUGCUUGGUUAAGCAAGUUGAACCUUGUGUCAUGACUAUCGUCAUCUCCUCUAUGGACGAUUUGGAGCUCCCUCGUACUCCGAGAGCUGUUUGCCUAAGCAAGAUUGUCUUUUUGUUAUUGUCACCUCCACCCUGACUAGGAUGCCAAUAAUGACCAAAGAAAGCUGGUCCAUUUAA